AUGGAAGAUAAAUUUUGGCCGGAAAUCAUAAACGACUUGAAAUUAUUACUCGAAACAAAGAGUAAUCAAGAUGUGGUUCUUGAUCCGGAGAAUGGGGUUGAGACGCUUAAUUUAUUGAUAACGUCAAAUGAAUUCGGAUUACAUAAAUUAUCGCAGCACCAAGAGAUUCUCAGAGCUCACAUGUUACCCGGAUCAGCCAAAACAGCACCGAAAUCAUUUAGAAACUAUUCAGAUGUUAAUUCCAUUGAAUCGGUUUCGACGACGGAACCAAUUCGUCGUCAAAGUCUGAUAAAAAUAGAUUCGACGAUAAUAACCACACAACAUGCCACAAAGUUCUCUACCGAAUGUUUCUUAUAUUCGUUUGCGGAUUAUAAUAAACUCGAAACCGGCACAAUCGGACGUGUAAAAUCUCAUGGUUGCUCCGUACGUUGUUAUAAAGAUUGGGGUCCCAUCUUUGGUAAUUAUGAAGGUGGUAACGACCUAGUCAUGAAACGCAAGACCGAAUGGAAAUCUAAACCUGUUUCUUACCCGAACAUCAAUAUUCCCAAAAAAUUCAAUUGUUCUGAUUAUGAAGUUUUUCAAGUUAAAAAAAAGGCUUAA